AUGCCAGUAGCAAGGGAAGUCUGUUUAGAGAGCCUCGUUUUUGAUUUGGCCUUUGACAAUGUACCAGAUGGGCUGGAAAGUGGACGAGGUGUGGCUGACGAACUAGGAAAAGGAGGAAGAGCAGCAGCAGCUGCAGCUGCUGCAACGGUCUCUGUAGCUGUUGCUGCAGGAGAAGGGCGAGAUGUUCGUCGCAGUGUGUGA